CACGAGAGGAAGAGGAAGAAGGAGGGCCGCGAGGCGCACGAGAGGUCGCGGAAGGCCAAGAAGAUGAUCGGGCUGAAGGCGAAGCUCUACCACAAGCAGCGGCACGCUGAGAAGAUACAGAUGAAGAAGACAAUUAAAAUGCAUGAAAAGAGAAAUACAAAGGAAAAGAAUGAUGAAAAAACACCUAAAGGAGCUGUACCAGCAUACCUGCUGGACAGAGAGGGCCAGUCCCGGGCUAAGGUUCUCUCUAACAUGAUCAAACAGAAAAGAAAAGAAAAAGCUGGAAAAUGGGAGGUUCCUGUGCCAAAAGUCCGUGCACAAGGAGAAACAGAAGUUUUAAAAGUGAUUCGUACAGGAAAGAGAAAAAAGAAGGCCUGGAAGAGAAUGGUUACAAAAGUUUGUUUUGUUGGAGAUGGCUUUACUAGGAAGCCUCCUAAAUACGAACGAUUCAUUCGACCAAUGGGCUUACGUUUCAAGAAGGCACAUGUGACACAUCCUGAACUUAAAGCUACUUUUUGCCUACCUAUCCUUGGUGUAAAAAAGAAUCCUUCUUCUCCUUUGUAUACAACGCUGGGUGUCAUUACCAAGGGUACCGUCAUCGAGGUGAACGUGAGCGAGCUUGGCCUUGUGACACAAGGGGGCAAAGUUAUCUGGGGGAAAUAUGCACAAGUAACAAACAAUCCAGAAAAUGAUGGCUGUAUUAAUGCAGUUCUACUUGUUUGAGUUGCGUUUGAUACUAAGCAUUGGACAUGGGCUCCCGCAAAAUCAGUGCAGUUCCAACAAGUUUCCAAGAUCUCUGGAACCUUCAACCAUUCAGGAACAUUGACCUCAUAA